UUUAACUCAUUCAUCUUUAACAUUUAUUUGGUUACAGUGCAGGGGUGGACUGACCGUUUGGAAACUCGGGCACUGCCCGAGGGCCCGGGGUCAGUAGGGGGCCCCAAGAGAUGCCCCUGGUACCUUUUUCAUAGGCUUUUUUUGAGUUUGGGCAAGGACACAGGGGCCCCAUGAUCCCCUAUUGCCUGGGGGCCCAUGAGUUGUCAGUCCACCCCUGGUUGGUAGGUUAAACUGGCUUCUGUCUAAAUUGCCCCAAGUAGGUGUUCUAUGUUGCCUGAGGGCCCAGGGUCAGUCGGGGGCCCCAUGAGAUGCCCCUGGUACCUUUUUCAUUGCCUUUUUUGAGUUUAGGCAAGGACACAGGGGCCCCAUGAUCCCCUAUUUCCCAGGGGCCCCAU